AUGGCUCUCAAGCGGAAGAAGUGGAUGACACUGUUUCGGCUGCUGUUUCCCUCGUGGUGGGUGGUGCUCGGCAGGGAGUUGUUGCUCUCUGCGCGAGUGUGGCACACAUCAUGAGAGAAAGGAAGAGGUUACAGCAGCGUGUGGCAGAGCUAGAAGAACAAGUAACCUCCUUGGAGAAUUCAAGCAGUGCCACCAUCUCUGUCACAGACUGUAGUACUUCUCAGAGUCAAACCACAGACACACGGAGUCUCCAUGAGUCGCCAUUAUCUCAGAGAUGUGGCUCAGCUCCUCCUGCUUUCAUUACUAGUGCUCUGAAAUACGCCAAAAAUGAUAAUCAGAAUAUUGUAGGAAGCUGCUCUGUUGACUCUUCGAGAUGUACAGAAGAGAGCAAACUUGGUGGCAUUCACCAAAGAGGAACAGGUGAAAGUAGGACAUCAAGUGUUAGUAUGCCUGAAACCAACUCUAACUUUAUACGCAAGAAUCAUUUUGAAACCUCCGAGAGGAAAGAGGCCUUCCACAGAGGCCAAAGCUAUGCUUCAACACGCAGUCUCAAUAUUGGAGGACACCUCUCGUCUGGAAAUUUUGUGAGAAGAAAAUAUAGUACUAUAAGUUUGAGAAGAGUGAGAAGAAGAAGUACAGCAAGUAAAAAGGCAGCAGGUGCAGCUUGGAGUUCCAACAGCAUUAAUGGCAGCAGUAGUAAUUUGGAUCAACAGAACCAUGGAAAGUCCUGCAUUGUGACUGUGGCUGAAAUCCAUAGAGAACCGCCCAUUCAGCAGUGUAAUAAUACUGAGAAUGAUGCUGUGAAGCUUUUAGCAAGGACGUUGACUAGUGUACUCCAGGAACAAGAGACCAUGUAUCCAGAAAGUCAGAAUGAAACGUUUGUGGCAACUACACCUGUGACUGAUCCAAGUGCCUCUCAAAGUCAAGAUUUUGGGGAAUUAUGUGCUCCUCACCCACUUACUGGCUGUGAAUGCUUAGUCUGUAUGCACCUCUCCAGUGAUCCCGACUGCCACUUAUAUGCUCUCACAACUGAGGAAGGAGCAUUACUACCUCCAGGGAGUCGUGUGCUGGUGCGUGGAGAUCAUGUGGGCACUGUGUUGUACCUUGGGCAUGACAAGUAUCCCACAAAACAGAUGAAAAGUUACUUCUGGCCUUCUCAAGAUCCAUCUGAGAACAGCAAGCGCCAAGUUAUAUCAGAAGAGAGCAUGGAAACUAGCAUAGAUAUUGCCGAUGAUGAUGUUCCUCCAUGUGUGCCUGUCAGACCAGUGGGUGUAACUAUCAGACUUUGGCCACCAGAUGCUGGACAAAUGUUUGUUCCUCUUAGUGCUGUUAUUUGUCAGUUGGAUGAUGACCAAGAUGCUGUUCUGAAUGAAGUGCAUGAUCAAGAAUACGAAUACAUGGAUGAAGGUAGUGAAGACUCUACUCCAUCGAGGACAAGUAUAACUUAUGAAUAUCCAACAGAAUUCCCAUCACUGACAAGUCCUUCAGUUCAUGCAAGUGCAGAAGAAAGUAGACCUCCGGCACUUACAUUCCGGGGUUCUAACAAGUCUAAAGAUUCAUGUGAAACACCAGUGCGUAAAGUAUCAUUAGAAGGAUACUUCAUUCGUUCUCCGAGCAUCUCAUCAUGCAGCUCUGACUCUACUCGAAGCUUAGGAGAUCUGUCAGUGUAUGGCCUGGAAUACCAGGAAGAUGGAGUUAGCUUUGAGGAAGGUGCUACUCCGGAGAAUUCAACACAAAAAGGUUAUCUUAGACAGAGGAAUUCAUGCUCUUCAACAGUUUUGUCACAAACACCAUGUGACCCAGGAAUAGGAAGCCAGGAGAAUUCUAGUUCUGGUACUUCGUCCCUGAAUGCUACAUUUAUAUACAGGCCAGUAGAUGAAGAAGGUUCAUGUGGUCCUAAGGAUUCUGGGGAAUGUGCCUCUCUGUAUGAUACUGCAGACUCGGCAAUUAGUCUGACAUUCAUGAAGAGAUACAAAGAAUCACUGGGUAGCACUGAGCCCUCAAGUAUGUCUGACACAGACAGAGAUUCUCCUCACUUUGGAGACACUUGGGACUCUGGAUGUUCGGUAGGAAGAGGGAGAUGCAAGAGCGAUUCUUCCGGUCAGUUUUCCGAUGUGGAUUCAGAGAGCAGUCGCUUUGGAUCGCCCUGGGUGAAGAAUCUGCGAGAUGCUCUGGACUCUGUCUGGGCAAGGCAGCAGAAUUCUAAUUAUAAUAGAAAUUAUGAUUCUAGAAAUAAAUCGGAACCUUCAAGAAGAAAAGGGAAAAAGACCUGUGGAAAUCACUUGGACUUUUUCAGGAACAACAGGAUAACCAAGAUCUAUAUUGAUCAUGGCACAACAGAACAUUCCCAGGUCUAAGGAUCGCGAUUGUAGGAGACACUUCUGCUGCAUUGAUGUUUUUAAUUAUUGAAACCAAUAACUGUAUAUAAAAAACUAUUGUGUUCAGUCACUUUUUUUAAAUGUAGGAAAUAUUUUAGUUUUAUAUUCACGAGUUUAGAUUAUUAAGCACAUGUAACUGUGUUUGUAAUUGCUAAACCAUAUUUAACAAAUGAUUGAAAUGCAGUUGAGUACUCAGAUAAAACCAAUGGUUUAUUUAUAAAAUUCAUUGUGUAUAUAUUUUUGUUUCUAUGUAUAUGUAUUUAUGUAUAUAUAUAUAUUAAUGUUUUUGCAUAACAAUAUGUUUAUGCACAUACACUUAUUUUCGCCAAAAUUUUUCUACAUCUGGAUGUAUAUUCUAACUAUAUUUUAUGAUAACCAUGUGUUAUUUUUACACAAAAAUUCAUGAACAGUAGAGUACUAAUCCCCCUUUAUGUAGUUAUAGGUUGAUUAGCAACAGCAUUAAGAUAUUUUAUUGUGAUGGCUUCAUUUGACACAUGCAUGAAAACCAGUUUCUUUAGAUAUCCAUCUAUUUUACUCCUUUACCUGACAUGUUUAGACAUUUGAAAGGAAAUAAUCUGCAUUUUGUUUUUGUAUUUUUGGAUCAGUACUCAUGAAUUUAAGUUUUUGCCACAUCCUGCUGAGAGAGAGACAGGGAAAGAUUUUGAACUAGUCAUUUGCAUAUGAUGAGUUAGCAUUUUUUGUAAUUUUUUAGUUAUGGAAAAUUAUAAAGACAAUGUGUGCGAUAUUGUCAUAUUGUACUUUCAGUUAGGAAUCAGUUGAAUUAGUAAGAUUAUUAUUGAUUUUUAUUUGUGGAUACAAUUCUGUGCAGCAGAAUGAAUGAAUAAUGAAGCAUUUUGAUUCUAUGGUGCUAUUGAGUGUUGCCUUGGCAAACAGUGAUAUUAGGUUAAUUUCUUUUAUAUUUGUUUUUGAGCUGUUUUUCAUAUGGUCGCUAGAAGAUUGCUGUUCGAGCAUAUUUUUAAUAACACUGAACUGUUUAUUUCUUCUAGUGUCAUAGAAGGUAUAUUUUUAUGCAUGAAAACUUUUUUUUUUCAAUAAAGUCUUGUUUUUA